GUCCCUCUCUCAAAACCCUAAUUGGCGAUUUCUAUCCACCAAAGCGCCCCGACUACCAAUAUUCACCUCGUUCAGGAACAAUGAGUCGCUCUAGCAGAACGCUAUAUGUUGGUAAUCUUCCUGGGGAUAUUCGUGAGCGAGAAGUGGAGGAUUUAUUUUACAAGUAUGGUCCAAUAGCUCACAUUGAUUUGAAAAUUCCACCAAGACCUCCAGGUUAUGCCUUUGUUGAGUUUGAGGAGGCUCGUGAUGCUGAAGAUGCUAUUCGUGGUCGCGAUGGCUACGAUUUUGACGGGCACAGAUUAAGGGUGGAACUUGCUCAUGGUGGUCGUGGUAACUCAUCUUCUACGGAUCGUUAUAGCAGUCAUGGAGGUGGUCGUGGUGGGAGUGGUGGUGGUCGGGGUGGGGGAGUUUCUAGACGCUCAGAUUACAGAGUUAUGAUUACUGGGUUACCUUCUUCUGCAUCAUGGCAAGACCUUAAGGAUCACAUGCGCCGGGCUGGAGAUGUUUGUUUCUCCCAAGUUUUUAGGGAGGGUGGUGGCACCACAGGGAUUGUGGACUACACAAACUAUGACGACAUGAAAUAUGCCAUAAGGAAAUUGGACGAUUCCGAAUUUCGGAAUGCUUUCUCCCGUGGAGUUAUACGUGUGAAGGAAUAUGAUUCAAGCCAUUCUAGGAGCCGCAGCCGCAGUCGGAGCAAAAGCAGGGGCUAUAGCAAGAGUCGCAGCAGAAGUCGGAGCAAGUCCCCAAAAGUGAAAUCUUCUCGUCGCUCAAGAUCUCAUUCGAGGUCUGGCUCUCCCCGUUCUCGUUCUGGAUCUAAACCGCGCUCUUUAUCAAGAUCUCCUUCAAGAUCCAGAUCUCCUCUACCAUCUCGUCCAAAGCGGGUUAGUAAAAGCCCGAAAAGACGCAGUCCUAGCAAGAGCAGGAGCCCAAGCAGAAGCAGGAGUCGUAGCAGGAGCAAGAGUUUAUCUCGGUGAUGAUUUAUGCAGUUGACGAUUUGUUGAUUACGAAGCGAGGAACAAGCAUAUCGAUGUUACUUCUUUUUGAAGUUUAAUAGUGGAUUAUUGAUUCUGUGUUUUGGUGAGAUUGGGCACAAAUGGAUUUGGGAGGUCCAGUGUGUGCUAAACUAUGUUAGAUUUACUGCCUUUCCUGUUCUACAUUGCUAAAAGAGAUUAUUCAUUCAACUGAAUUUGGUGUUAAUUUUUUGCUUUUAAGUUCAAUUUUCUUA